AAAAUGAAGGUGCUUAUGUUGUUACGACAGCAGCAAAAUUCAAUAGCGUAUUGUGUGAAAGAGAAUAAACCAUGUGUUGUUGGUUGGGUGAAUUUGUAUUUCAAAGAUUGCCUUUGCAAUGUCCGCGAUGAAUUCUCUUUCGGUUUUGGUUUUGUAAGCCUCAUCUGUUGGGCUGUUGCCGAAAUCCCACAAAUUGUCACCAACUUUCGAACCAAAUCUAGCCAUGGCGUUUCACUUGUUUUCCUUCUUGGUUGGGUUAUCGGUGACGUAUUCAAUCUAACAGGCUGCCUUCUGGAGCCUGCAACGUUGCCAACCCAAUUGUACACAGCUGUGCUUUACACAGCGACUACUAUCAUACUAGUGCUGCAAAUCUUAUACUAUGAUUAUUUCUAUAAGUGCUGGAAGCGCAGUGAAAAUGAGACUGGACAAUUAGAGGUUGAAGAGAUACUGAAGAAGCCAUUGAGACCUCAAAAAACAACAGAUUCGGGAAUUCCAAUACCCAGCAGAUCUGCAUCACGCCCCAUGGACUACUAUUUCACGUCUGCAAGAUCAUUGGCUGGUAGUUCAACCCCGCCAUUCAGGUCGAAUCUGAGGCCUAUAGCAAGUGAUCCAUCAGCAGUGGGGCUUAAUAACCAUGAUUACUCUUCAGAUGAUGAUACAGUUGAUGCACCAUUAAAUAUUUCUGUUAGCCAACCUAAGCCUAUCCCUCGAUCUGCAGGUUAUGGAGCGUUCUUUGCAACAGUGUCUGGAAUGCCUCACCAGACAAAAGCUUUACUUGUUGGAUUUGGUGGAAGAAAACUAUUACAAGAGCAUGGGACGGAGCAUAGUGCACUUGGCCAAUGUUUGGGGUGGAUGAUGGCUGCUGUCUACAUGGGCGGUCGGAUACCUCAAAUAUGGUUAAAUAUUAAACGAGGGAGUGUCGAGGGCUUAAAUCCAUUCAUGUUCGUGUUUGCACUCAUCGCCAAUGUCACUUACGUAGGGAGUAUACUACUUAGAUCAACAGAAUGGAGUAAGAUUAAAGCCAAUAUGCCUUGGUUGUUGGAUGCUGUUGUCUGCGUUGUGCUAGACUUAUUUAUCAUAUUACAGUAUGUCUACUACAAAUACUUGCGAAAGAAUCCUUCCACUUCCAAAGGCAGAGAAGACGAAGGAGCCUACAAGAAAGCAAAUAAAAAUUGAGGACAAAUUUCUACAGUAUAUGGCUAGAUGGUGGCUACUUUACUGUA